AUGUUUCCUAUGGUGAGAAAUACACUAAGUCAUCUCCAAGUUCAAAGCAUUCAGCAAACAACAGCAAAGCAGAGCCACCAGAAACACACACUUGAUUUUCAUGACAAAUAUGGUAAUGUUGUAUUAACUGAUGGAGCCACAUUCUGUGUUGCUGCAUGGACAUAUAUAGCAACACAACUUGGAAUAGAAUGGGACCUGUCCCUUGUUGGCAAAGUCAUCCCAAAGGAAUAG